CUUCCAAUUCACAUUUUUCUACUCUUCUUACUAGUUACUAGUACAUUAGUAGCUUUCAUGGCGACUCAGUCUUCCACAACGUCACCGUUUCGAGCAACCUUCCAGUCCAAUUCGAACCCUCCCAAAACCCUCCUAUCACUUCCAGGUUCAUUUUGUAGAGUUGCCCAUAACGCUAAGAGUCGCUGCACCAGUGCCAGCUGGCGGUUAUCGGCUUCUUCAUCUAGCUAUGGAGGCGCCACAAAACUUUCUGCCAAACCUGUUGUCAAACAAUUGUUGCAGAAGAGAAGAGGAGUGGUGAGGUGUGCAACUAUGGAAGAGAUUGAAGCUGAGAAAUCAAAUAUUGAGAAAGAUGCUAGAGCAAGGAUGGAGAAGUCGAUUGAUACUGUUAAGACAAAUUUUAACUCUAUAAGGACUGGCAGAUCUAACCCUGCAAUGCUUGAUAAGAUUGAGGUUGAAUACUAUGGAACUCCGGUCAGUUUGAAGACCAUAGCUCAAAUCAGUACACCUGAUGCAAGUUCUUUAUUGGUCCAGCCAUAUGACAAAUCCAGUCUGAAGUCUAUAGAGAAGGCCAUUGUAAACUCUGAUCUCGGGUUGACCCCAAAUAAUGAUGGAGAGGUUAUAAGGUUGUCCAUUCCGCAACUGACAUCUGAUAGGAGAAAGGAGAUGUCAAAAAUGGUUGCUAAACUGACUGAAGAAGGGAAGGUGGCAUUGAGGAAUAUCAGAAGAGAUGCUUUGAAAGCUUAUGAGAAACUUGAGAAGGAAAAGAAGCUGUCAGAAGACAAUGUGAAGGACUUAUCUGCUGAUUUGCAGAAGCUGACAGAUGAGUAUAUGAAGAAGAUUGACACAGUCUUCAAACAAAAAGAAAAGGAAUUGCUGAAGGUUUGACCGAGGCGUUCGAUCAGAAAUGUAAAUGAAUGAGCUGUAAGUCUGUUUUGAGCUGCACAAAUUUCUGCAACCGUGCAUAAAGGCAUUUGGGAAAGUAAUAUUCAUACGGUUUGCUUUUGAAAAUGAAAAAUGAGAAGUAUUUUGUACAGCAAUAUUCAAGAAUCAAAAUUUUACUUGUUAUUUUAUGUCAAUAUAGGAGUUCCUCAA